UCCCUUUAAAAAGCCCCAUGUCUGGAAAGCCCAUUAGAUGUGCAUAUAAAAUUUCCCUCGUGAUUAAUAGUUGAUGAAGCAGGGUUGUUUGGAGGGUACUACCAACAUGUGGCCGGCAGGGCUCCUCCUCUGCAAUCUCACGUUACACUCCAUAAACUUGCCACUCUUUCCCACCUAUACGUUUAAAAAGGAGGAGGGCUCACUUGUCAAGAAUGCCUUAGAAGAGUUGUGAAAACAGCCAGCCCGAGAAGGAGAGUCAUGCAGUUGCGGAUGCAGCUCUCCUGCCGAGCCACAAACCACUCAGAUCAGUCAGGGAGAGAGGGUGUGUGAGUGCAGGACAGGGGGAAAGUGUGUGAGAGUGUGUCAGGACCAGAGGCUCCAAAGGACGUCACACACGCUCCCAGAGAGAGAGGGAAACACGCUGUCACAGGAAGGCGUCUAUCCUCACGCGCUCUGGACUGUGGAAGAGUCAACAGCGUCUGACAGAAGUGAGUAUUCCAGCGGUGGAUGCAGAGAAACGAUGAUGUGCAUUUAGUCAGCUGCAGUGGAUAUUUCUCAAAAGUGACAAAGAUUCAGAUUUCCAGUCCUAACUUACUUUCUGAGGAGGGUUUAAAACUCCUCAGCGAGGAAAAGACUUGUAAUAAGACAUUAUUCAAGAGUGUGUGAAGUGUUUUUGCAUUACCAUGGAUCAGCCAGCCAGCAGCUGCAUGCGGAGCGCCCACCCCAGCAGUCCCAUCUGGGGUUGCAUGAGGAACCCUCACUCAGGGGUCCCGGGAGCAAAUCUGCAGUCGCCCUACCAGCAGGGCCCUUUCUCCCUCCACCAGAAGCCCGAGUUCCUGGCCUAUACAGACUUCUCCAGCUCCUGCCUGGUGCCGACCGCACCGCACGCCGCCUACCCCCGCGAUGACAGACUGUACCAAGAGAGCCAGGGGGGUUACCAGCGAGCUGACUGGCAGUUCAACCCCUGCGAGACGCGGGCGAGAGCGCCCGAGGCCUGCCCGCCCGUCGUCACCCCUGCAGUGGUCGGCGGCAGCAGCGGGAGCGGAGGGCCUGAGCUGGACAGUGUAGGGGGAGACAGGCUGCCAGGUGCUGUGCCCGGGUGCCUGGAGGGAGAAUACUCACCCCAAAGUGUGGCGUCAGCCGACUCGGACAAGAAGAGCUCCAAUAAGAGGAAGAGAGAUGUCACAGAUAUCCAGGAGUCCAGCUUUAAGGUGGACUCCAGCUGCAAGGCCCGGAAGGAGCGCACAGCGUUCACCAAGGAGCAGCUGAGAGAGCUGGAAGCCGAGUUCACCCACCAUAACUACCUGACCAGGCUCCGUCGCUAUGAGAUCGCCGUCAACCUGGACCUCACAGAGAGACAGGUGAAAGUGUGGUUUCAGAACAGAAGGAUGAAGUGGAAGAGAGUGAAAGGAGGACAGUCGGCUUCACCAAACGACCUGGAAAAUGACGACAUAGACUCGGCUGCCUCGCCCAGCUCUGAAUGAACAAGGGGGCCGGCGUUAUGAGAAGGAGAUGCUAAUCCCCUUGUGACACACAGAGACUGGGGUCAACUGGACACUAAUGCAGCACAAUGCAACUUUUGCUCGUUUCUUUGGAAAGCUGCAAGAAUCAAAUAAUUCCAGAGACUCUUUUUUUUAUUCCCAGGAAGAAAUCACUGAGCAUCUCCUUUGCUGUUUUCUGUUGUAAAUAGUUGAUUUUUGUCCAUAAUUAACUGCAUUUUGAUACACUAUUGAUAAAUAUACUGUUUUUAGAGGCCACCUCUUGUAGCAGAGAUGAUACUCAUGGUCACUGUAGAUCACUGUCAAAGUCCUACAGUAGCUUCAAAGCCAGUGAUCACUUAUCAGACCGUGAUGUGAUGGUGUUUGAGUGCAUCCCCUUUGGUUCCAAUAAUGUAAUCAUAGCCUUUGACGCUUGACUACAACCACCUGGGAAAACUCAGACUGCACAAGUAUUGCCAAGCCAUAAGUGCCUCCAAAUCAGAUGUUUUUGUUUUUUGUUUUUGUCAGUUUCUUCUCCUAGAAUAUAGUUUUGUUCUGUUUUUUUUUCUUUUUUUUUUUACAAUUCUUUUUUAUACAUUUUGAAUGUUAUUGAUAAAACACAGAUGUUGCCUGUUUCUGCAAAUAGAAUAAAUCAUCUGCUGCAAAAUGGGGGAAAAUAUCUUGAUAAUUUCUUCCACCCGUAACAACUGAGUUAUGAUUGGACAGUAAGACGAUUUGUUUUCUUGGCUGACGGUUUUAUCACGUGUAGACCCUACACUUGCUAAGACUUGAGAACAAAAUAACUGAGGCGCAGUUUGCUUCCAUUUGCUUUUGAUGCUGGCAGUUGACAUCAGGGGUAAUCAAUCAUGUGUACGUGUUUGUGUACUUGUUAGACUUGUUUCAGAGAUAUGCUGCCCAUAUCUUAAAUGUUUUGAGAGUGAUUCAAACAGGUCUGGUGUUCUGCUCACUAAUGGCUGCUUCCCUACUUGGAAAAACUGAUAACCAAUCAGAUCUUUGUGGCCAUGAUUUGUAAUGGGGACAUAAUCUUCCUGUGCCAGAGCCAGAAACAUGGCAGCAGGGACAAGCAUGGAUGAGACUGAUUCAGCUGUACAGGCUGUUGUAAACUGAUUUACAGACAUAACAACUCAUAACAUGACAAAUAUUAAGGCUGCACUAGCCAAUAUUUUUAUGUGAAUAGUAGAACAAAUGACUAUGUUUAAUAUGAAAGGAAAACCCACAGAGAAUGACCACCUGACUUUGCAGCUCUCCUCAGCUCUACGGUGCAUUUUAGCAUCUUUCAGCUUUCUGUUUUGGUUUUGCAACCUGCAGCUUUAAUGUUUUGGUUCAGUCUCACUGCUCUAAUCAGCUGUGUUUGCAGUAGUGAAAAAUAAACCUCUGAUAAUA